AUGGAAAACAAAAAUCUGAGGGAGACUUUCCACACACCGUUGGUCGGCAACCAAGCCUUCAUUCCCUCUUCGCUACACAACUGCGUGCGAAAAUAUGGGCAGCUAAAAGCGCCCUCGGAUAUCGGCCCUUUCUGGCCCAGCGAGGCAAAAAUUAUUGGCGCGUGGGAUGCUCUCGCUGCCAAGCUGGUAGCAGAAGCCUCGUUUCUGCGGCUCAAGUUGAGUGACGAGACGGAAGAAAACGAGAAGAGUAUGGCAGUCUCGGGUGUUUCUGAGGAGGAGAGCGAGAGGGCUAUCGUGCUCGACGAAUUGAUCGAGCUGGUCGACGACCACAUUGAGUCUUGA